CUCGCUCCCGGAAAACCGUAAACUGCCGCCGCUUUUCUGCACUCAGUCUUCUCCCCAUUCUUCAAAAUUUUAGCCUCGCCGGAACUUCCUCCUUCUGCUUCCGUCAGUAGUCGGCCGCCGCCGCCGCAGUGAUCCCUCAGCUUUCAAUUCAUCCGUCAGAGUAAGGUAGGUCUAAAGUUUCAAUUUUUCCUUCUACUUCAAUCGUAUCCCUCAAUUUGUCUGCAUCCUCCUCAUUCAGAGCGUUUGUAUGGUUUGCUGCCUCUUCUACGACUUGGGGUUACUUUGUGCUUAGGUGAAAGCAUUGUAUAACUUAAACUGCUUUCUGUUUCAGAGUUAUUUCCAUCUGGGCAUGGCUAUUGUGUGCCUGGUUUUCAGUUGUUAAUGAACGUUUCUGAAGUUUUGUCUGCGGUGAUGAAGCUUCUGAAGUGUUCACACUAUCAUAUGCCCAUUGCAGGGUCAUCGUAGUAUUUAGCUAAAUGUUGCUUGUCGAUCCUGAGAAGAAGUUAUUUUUCACUCGCACCAUUCAAAAUGGCGAUUUGGUCAUUGUGUAUGAGAAGCACGACAUAAUGAAGGCUGUAAAAGUAAGCGAGAGCUCAGUGCUUCAGAACCGUUUUGGCAUGUUCAAGCACUCGGAUUGGAUUGGGAAGCCCUUUGGGUCCAAGGUGUUCAGCAACAAGGGUGGUUUUGUUCAUUUGCUGGCUCCAACACCUGAACUGUGGACUCUUGUGUUGAGCCACCGAACCCAGAUUCUCUACAUUGCGGAUAUCUCGCUUGUGAUCAUGUACUUAGAGGUAGUUCCUGGAUGUGUGGUGCUCGAGUCUGGAACGGGUAGUGGUUCUUUGACAACUUCGCUUGCACGUGCUGUUGCUCCAACUGGACAUGUCUUUACAUUUGACUUCCAUGAACAAAGGGCUUCCUCAGCUAGGGAAGAUUUUGAAAAGACAGGAAUCAGCAGCUAUGUCACUGUAGGGGUUAGGGAUAUUCAGGGUCAAGGAUUUCCAGAGGAACAUGUCGGCUCAGUUGAUGCUGUGUUCUUGGAUCUACCACAGCCGUGGCUGGCCAUUCCUUCUGCCGCAAAAAUGUUGAGACAAGAUGGUGUGUUGUGCUCGUUCUCACCCUGCAUAGAGCAAGUGCAGCGCUCUUGUGAAACCCUGAGAUCAAACUUCACUGAUAUAAGGACGUUUGAGAUACUCCUGAGGACGUACGAAGUUCGACAAGGCAAACUGGACAGCUUCGAUGGAGACGAAGGCAUCUCGACUGGUUCUCGUCCUGGGAAGAGGAAGCAGCCUUCCAGUGAUAGAAGCAGUUUGCAGGGGGACAAUGCUGGUAUUCUUGCUCCUGCUCUUCCAGUGAUGGCCAAGCCUUGUUCGGAAGCUAAAGGUCAUACUGGCUAUCUGACAUUUGCCAGACUCAAAUGAUUGGCAUGACUAAUGCUUGUUGUUGAAUUUGGAAGUCCUUUCUUUUCUGGUUAGCCCUUUCACUCUUGCACGAGCCUGAAAGAUCACAGGGAAACAUUAGGGAAUUUUCAGCUCUGUUCUAAGGCUAUGCUAACACAGUGUUCCAGUUAAACAUAGUAGGCUGUGCUGCAGUUGAGUUUGGCCAAAAUCAGUUGUUCUGUGGAUAAGAUAAGAGAACAGUGUUAUCAGGAGAAGUGGAACAGUUUUGUGGGGCAUGCAGGUCUUAUAACUUAUGUGCUACAUUAGUUAGAAUAAGUCAUUUCUCUCUUCAAUGCUGAUCAAUAAUAAACCUGUUGUUGCUGAUACCUUCUUCUCGGUUCCUUCUUCUCCUUCUUCUAUAACCCGAGCUCGGAGAAGGAAGAGAUAAGAAGGCCCCAUGGAGAAUGUGCACCCAGAAGGUGAUUAUUUCCUUUCUCUGGGAAUCAACAUAGAAGUUGGUAAUUCUAUGCCACACCUUAAAAGCCGCCUUCGCUAAAAUUGAUGCGUCGUUGGCUUGGCUUUAGUAGAUGAGUUAAGUGGAUCAGCAAGUGUGAUGCUACACAUUUUGGAAACAACCAUUGUGCUUGGAAUCACUUUGAAGCAGAAAAGAAUAACUAGGUUCUGUUUCU